AUGAAUUUGAUAGAUUACCAAAGACGGGUGCCAGCACAGCGUCCAUCGAAAUUAUCUGGAGCCGCAGGGCUAUUUCCGGGCGGCGGCCAACAUUUCGCUCAUAUUUUACAAGCUUCAGAGGGCAGUAGUUCACAAGUAGCAACGCAGUCACUUGGUAUGACGAACGCGCGUGGGCCAAAUUCAUCUGCAACUCCAUUAGCAACCGUUUCAUCAGGAGUUCUAAUGGUGGGACCCAAUUUCAAGGUAGGAAAGAAAAUUGGGUGCGGUAAUUUUGGAGAACUGCGUUUAGGAAAGAAUCUAUACAACAAUGAGCACGUGGCUAUCAAAUUGGAACCCUUGAAAAGCAAAGCCCCUCAGCUUCAUCUCGAAUAUCGUUUUUACAAGCUACUUGGCCAGCACGAAGGACUGCCGCAAGUGCACUACUUUGGACCAUGCGGAAAAUACAACGCUUUGGUAAUGGAAUUAUUAGGACAUUCUUUGGAAGAUCUCUUUGAUUUAUGCGAUCGGAAAUUUUCCUUGAAAACUGUUGCUAUGAUUGCAAUGCAGCUGAUAAGACGCAUUGAAUAUGUACAUAUGAAGCAUCUUAUUUAUCGAGAUGUGAAACCGGAAAAUUUUUUAAUAGGACGACAUUCUACUAGGAAGCAACAUUUACUUCAUAUUAUCGAUUUUGGGCUUGCAAAAGAGUAUAUUGACUGUGAUACUGGUAAACACAUUGCGUACAGGGAACAUAAGUCAUUGACAGGCACGGCAAGGUACAUGUCAAUAAAUACACACCUGGGUAAAGAACAGAGUAGAAGGGACGACUUGGAAGCACUUGGGCAUAUGUUCAUGUACUUCCUGCGUGGAUCACUACCUUGGCAAGGUCUUAAAGCAGAUACGCUCAAGGAGCGAUAUCAAAAGAUUGGUGAUACCAAACGAGCAACUCCAAUUGAAGUGCUUUGCGAGGGCUUUCCUGAGGAAUUUGCUCAGUAUUUGCGAUAUGUUCGUCGAUUAGACUUCUUUGAAACGCCGGAUUACGAAUAUUGCUAUAAUCUGUUCAAGUCCGUGCUCGAUAGGCUUGGUUAUACAUACGAUUACGAGUUUGAUUGGACACCAAAACUCAAUCAAACGUCAACACCUUCGGAUUCCCUUCAUGCCGGUGAUGCGCACAAAGGAGAGGGGAAACGGACUGGUACUGCAAAAGGACGACAAAGUGAAACCCUCAAACCUACCAAUCAAGGCGCUGGACAACAAGGUGGUGGUUUUGGCUCUACUCAGGUAAUCAAUUCAAAUGUGGGCGAAUUGAUGGAAGACAACGGUGGUCGGUCGCAACAACCCGUCACACAUCUGGAAGAUAAUAGUGAAGUAAAGUGUUGUUGCUUUCGACGACGAAGACGAAAGACUCCACAACAAAAAUGAUGAGAUUUUAGUUAUUUGAUGGCCUGAAAGGACGCCGAGAAAAACAAGGGAGGAUGCGUAUUUUGAUAUUGACUGCGUCAUACUUUGAAAGUUUUGGCUUGCCCUAUGUCUCUCCUAGUGUCAUUUUUUCACCUUAGUUUUUUUUUUGCUCUUACCUAUCGUUAUCAUUUGUGUUUCUGAUUUGCUCUCGGGGUUUCUUUCCUCACUGCCUUAGGUCUAUUUCGGUUAUUUUUCAUUCAGCGGCAUUGACAUUCUUCUAACAAAAGCUAAAUAUUCCAGAAUGUAAGUCGUGUGAGAUUUUGUUAUACUGAGUACUUUGUAUGAAAUUCAAGAAUGCUUUACACUGGAACGAGGCAAUGUUCAAUCCAUAUUAUCCGAAGAAGUUGAUACAAAACGUUCCUUGUGU